AUGGCAGCCCUGGGCAACUUCUUCACCUUGCAAUGUCUCCGAAGUUUGUACAAGUUCCUACUGCUGCGGCUCGGGGGCAACCUUGGUGUCUUCCUCAAUUAUCUCCUCGAACCUCGGGGGCGCCUCGGUAGUUGGUGCUUCUACCUUAGCUUCCUCCACCUUCUCAACUGCUUCCUUCUCCACUUGCUCCUCGUCAGCUGCCUUCUCCGCGGCCUUGUUUUCACCCUCUUCAACCUUGCUUUCCUCUUCCUCCUUCUCAGCAACGGUGUCAAAAACCUCUACGAGCUGGGGGAUGUCGCUGUCUUCAUCCUUCUUGGAGGUGGUCGGCAAGCCGAAUCCAGCGGCAGAGAGCUGCUGGAUGAUGUCUGGCAGCGACAGCUCACGCUCCUCCGCCAAACCAGAGAUGACGUAGGUGUUAGCGUUGGGCGCAGCUUGCACCUUAGGGUUGCUGAAGACCAGUAUGCGGCCAUCCUCCUUGACGAGCUGAACCUCCUCGAUGCCGGGGAUGCUGGCAGCGCCAAUGGAGCGGAGCCCGAAUUGGAGACGCUUGUCAUCACCAACAACCUUGCUGGUCUUCUUGACCUUCCUCCUGGCGGUACCCUUGCCUCCAGUCUGGGUGCCGGAAACACCCAUCCUGGCGCGGAGGCGCUCGCGCGCCGCCAGCAUGUCUGGCGUCACUUGUUCGACGACUUCAGUACUCAUCGUGGUUGGAAAAGCCUCGGUGCACGGCGCUUGGACGUACUGAGGCGUAAUUGA